AACUGACGCACAUUCAGUAGUGUAUUGUGCGCCAACGAAAAAUAAAUAUAUUACUUACUUAUUAUUCAAUUUCUAGACUAUUUUUCAUCUUCUAAACUAAACUGAAUUUUUGUGAACUAAAAACUGAAACUUGAAACUCUCAAGCUCAAUUUAAGCUGUAAUUUCUUCAAAUACUUGCUAAUGCUUAACAGUUUUUAAAUUUCUCGAAUCAACUCUAUACGUGUAUGUUAUUAUGUGUGUAGUGUGUGAUGGUGGGCUAGUGGCCAAAUUGUGUUUCUUCUAUUUGGACCUGACCUGUGCGUGCUGCGUACUGCCUUCGAAAGGAAGAAAAAAUCGUUAAAUUACAUGAUGAUGAUAUUGAUGAUGAAACUCUUCCGCGUUCGCGUCUCAUCACCGCUACUCUAUUCUUCUUUCAAAAACUGUUUGCUACUAUAUCCCGAAUCAAAUAUACUGCAUGCUACUAAAUGGCGAAAUAAUAGUAGUUGCUUAUAAAAAAUUAUAAUAAACUUCCUGUUCUCUGUGCUGUUGCUAUCCAAGUCAAUUUUUGCUGAUUUCUCUUUGUCGAUGAGAUACAGAAACAGAAACAGACACAAAAACAAGUCUUAUGUUAAGUAAUUUUUAUAGAAAAAUAUUAACAAUUGUGAAUAACAGUGAUACGGAGGAGAGGAGAGAAGGAGUAGAUGCAUUGCGUUCAGCAAAAACACGACAGCGAAAGAAGAAGUCACAAAGACAACAACGAAAAGAUAUGAUAUGAAGCAGAAAUAGCUUGGCAGUGGAAAGAGUUAAUGGCUGAUGGGCUAGAUUUAGGAUAAAUCUGCGACUAACUAGAAAUUAAAGCGACUUGAAGCAAAUGCCAUGAAUGAAACAUGUAGAAACAGAUCCGCAGGCUCAUGAAACAGAAAGUUCAGCUUGGUCGAAGAAAGUGAAUACCAAAAAGCAAUAUUAAACAACCAAAGCAACAGCAGAAGCAAAAGGCAACCAAAGCAGAAAUUCAGUGUAAAAAUUUUUAAGUCAACAAUACAACGAAGCAAUACUCAACUGUGAGCGAAACCAAAACAAAAAGCAAAAUUAAUAAUAAAAACAAAACCAACAAAUUACAAAAUUAAUAAUUUAGAUUUAGUAAAGAAAAGUUAAAAUCAAACCUUUGGAGAUGUAAAAAAUAAUAAUAGCAGAAUAUUUAAACUCAUUGAAGAAGCAUUUGGUGAUUAGAAAAGCAAAAAAUUCUCAAGCAAGUCAGGUGUCACAACGAAAAGAGCUAAAAGAGCAAGAAACUGUUAUUAAUUUACAUAUGUGUGUGAAGGAAAGUUGUAAGCGAUCUCUCCCUUGAAAGGUCCAAAGCGAAACUUUGCCAACAAAAUGUCUGUCGAUUGCAUGCGACCAACGGGCAAUAAAAUCGUCAUCAACCCCGGCGCCACAACGAGAACAACAACGCUGUGUUAUGCGACAAAGACCUCAACACCGCGGCUGUCACACCAAUCGAAACGUUCGGCAACGCGUCAGCACUCAGCGGCCGUGAGAUCCAAGCGUCCUACAGAAAAAAGCACACCAAGCAAAAAAAGCCAGCCCGUUGUCCCGGCCCAAACAAAUGUAGCGCCACUUCCUCUAAAGCAACAGCAGCAACAACAACAGCCGACUAUUUUGGUGGUUCAGAAGACGGCAGUGGCUGCAGUGGCAGAAGCGCCAACACCAACACCAACAUCACAAACACCGCCAACGCAAGCGAAAGCUAAACAUGUAUCGCUUACACCGUUAUCGCGCAGUAUCACAAAGCGCGUGCGCAGUAAUGGCAGUCAGAAGCUUUCAAGUUCCACGGACCGUAGGGAUCACACCGAUUUGGACUUGGAUUUGGAGAGUGCAGCAAGUGAGCUGGAAGUUUGUAAGCGUCUAGAGUGGUCGGCCGCUCAGUCCUUAGUCGAAAUGAACGCAAAAGAGAAGCAGAGGCGCAAUGCUGUCGUUGCUGCUGCAACUGUAGCGCAAUUCGGAGCGGAGGGAAAACCAUCAAUGGCCUCAACGAAGUUGACUGAGCCUUCUUUGAAAACGCCGAUGGUUAAGGGAGCAGUUUUGACUAACGUGAAUUCCAAUGGCAAUAGAGAUAUCACCAACAAGGUGGAACAGCGUCGUAAUGUGGUUAAGUUGAAUUCCAGAAACAACAACACCUCAACCAAUGAUACGAUGGCUGGUAAAGGUUUAACCUCCCUCGCCACAAGUGGGGGACGUUCGCCUGCUGAAGAUAGUAAAGUCAUAUUUUAUGCGCCACCAGCCGGCGGACUCAGCGCCUCAACACAACCUUCCAAUCACUCGCCAGCUUUCGCAAUCAAACAGGAGCCAAUAUUUCCGACAUUUUACCGCGAACGCAGUAUCGAGGAGACCGAAGCCGCCCACGAUCUACUCUCACUAUCACAAAGUCUACCGCCAUUAACGCCGCCUUGUGUCGUCACCAUACUGCAUCAGCAAGAGACGUCAGCUAAUUGCAGCACGAACAACAAUAACAACAAUCACAUCUUAAUACAACAACAAAGUCAUUAUCAGCAGCAACAACAAACAGGUAUCAUGCAUGAAAUAUCCAGUGCUUCCAAACAACAACGAGCUGUAGUGCCACAACUACACCAACACCAGCAGCAGCAACAACAACAACCAGUGUCCCCACAACCACUCUGUGCCGCAACCAUUGCUGCAGAUAAUUUUGCCAUAUUCACCGUUGAGGAGAUCACACCACCCUCACACGGGCAAGCUAGGCUAGGUCAGACCGGGCCGCCGAAAAUACGUUACAUAAGCAACGGUAGCAGCAGCUCGUACGACAGCCACACAGGCGGCAACACGCCCGAUAAUUCCGAGAAUUGUUCCCCACUAACACCACCAAACUCAGAUCAUUCAUCGGAUAUUGACAUAGAUAUGUCCUCCUCAUCGGAGUCGGGCCAUUCCAAUUCAAAUUAUCUAAAAUUGUGGAUUGACGAGCCGAGAGGAGCGUGCAAGGUGCGACGCACUUCCAGCAGCGGCAUGGCUAUUGGUGAAGUUAUCGACGCAAAAGCAGCGCAGUCCACCAAACUCGGCCUUAACAUUUUGGAUGGGCGCACAAAAGCGAGUCGUUGCAGCAAAGAACCUUUAGAGUCACUUUCAGCAGUCAAUUGCACAGACUCAAAUGUUCCGGAAUCCGACUCGUAUGUUAAAAAGAAGCGUGGCAAUUACAAGUGUUCCGAGUGCGGCAAGCAAUAUGCGACCUCAAGUAAUCUUUCACGCCACAAGCAGACACAUCGUUCGCUCGAUUCACAAUCGGCAAAGAAAUGCAACACAUGCGGCAAGGCUUACGUCUCCAUGCCUGCACUUGCCAUGCAUCUACUCACGCACAAGCUAUCGCACAGUUGCGACAUCUGCGGUAAACUCUUCUCACGACCCUGGCUACUCCAGGGCCAUCUACGUUCACACACUGGCGAGAAGCCGUAUGCUUGCUCACAUUGCGGCAAGGCGUUCGCCGAUCGCUCAAAUUUACGUGCCCACAUGCAAACACACUCCAUGGAUAAAAAUUUCGAAUGCAAACGCUGUCACAAGACGUUCGCGCUGAAGUCGUAUCUCAACAAACAUCUCGAGUCGUCUUGCCUGAAGGACGUAAUGAACAUGUCCAGCGAAGAGGCGGCGGAAUUUUACACGGUCAAUGAAGGCACGAAUGGUGAUGGCGAUGUUGAGUGCGAGGGUGAGGGUGAGUCCACCACGGCCCAUAGUAGUGAUGAUAACGAUGAGGAUAUUGUUGUAGCAUAAAUGAUGAGUGCAAGCGCAGAAUAACUUGUAAGUUAUUAUAGGAUUCUCCUCACCUUUGUAACACAAGCAUCAAAAUACAUAUACAGAAUAUAUAGUUACCGUCCACAAAUAAUGUCAAUUCAAAUUAUCUGCUUCCUUCAAAAUUCACUUCAAUUCACCUGCUGGUUCUGCAAAAGAUAUGGUCGGCCAGUAAUCUGAGUGAUAUCUGUAUAUUAUCGCGUUGUGAAAAUGAAUAUGCAUGUCCUUGGCCGAAUAUUCAAAUCACAAAAAGCUCAUACAAGUAAUUAUACAACUGCGAAGCUUACUUUUUUGCUUUAAAAAUAUUUUACGGGUUUACUCAGACGGUUCAGUGUGAUCACUAAUUCAUCAGGAUUGUGGCAUUGUUUGGGUAAAGAACUCAUGUUAGCAUUUAAUUUCCGAUCGGGGAGCGAUUUUGAAAAAUCCCGUAUUUUGAGUUUACACACUUUCCAAAUACAUUUAUCGAUAUAUAAAAUCUUUGAUAAAUUCUCAUCUGCGCCAGCUUUUUCCACUUGACUCAAAGAAAAUCUAACUAUUAUAUUCAAUUAUGUAAAACCUAAGCGAUUACAAUAAAUGCAAUUUCUUACAACUUAAACAUAUGUAAAUAAAUACCAUUAAGUACUAUUAAUACUUAAUAUUCAAUUACUCAGAGUUAAGAAAAAAUGAGAGCAAACAUUUAGAAACAUAUCACAAGGACAAUACUUAAUCAUAAAUCAAGUUUAUAAUUAAAAAAAAAAAAAACAAAAAAAGGAGAAAUGAGAAUUAAAUGAGUAUAAGGUUAAAUAAAUAAAAUAAAUAAACUUACACACAUAAAUUUAUUUACCAAUCAAAUGCAGAAAUCACUGAGAACGUGAAAAUUAAGUUGAAUUCGAUUGCUGCGAAAGAAGGCAAAAAGUGAUGUUUUACUGAAAUUUCAAAAUUGAUAUACAUAUGUAUUUAUAUUUAAUUAUAUGUACAUAUUUCGAUUGAUAGAAGAACUUGGUUCAAAAGAUUACAUACACACAACUAUUUAUAAAUAUAAUAUAUCAAAUAAUAAUUAGUCAAUAGAUUUAUUUUUACAAAAAAAAAAAUUGAACCGAAUUCGAAACUGGAAGCAAUUCGGAGAAACUUAAUGCAAUGAAAAAUAUAUUAUUAUGGAGAAAAUGAAA